CACAGACACACACAUCAGUUAGCUAUAAUGAAAAGUCAGUAUUGAACAAAAAGCUUCAAAAUCUUUUUUUUUCUUCUUCAAAAUCCUUGCAUUGUUACAUCACCCCGGUGGAUCUCAUAAUGUUACAUCUCACCCCAGGGGUAUUACAACUAAUGGGGUGAAUUGUAACAUUUCACUCCUCGUGUUUGAAACUAAACCAUGCAUUUUCUGUUUGUGUUGCAAAUAUAAUAGUUAUGUCAUGUGAUAGCAGACACUUGUAACUAGUUUGAAUCACAUUUUGAACACACUGGCUUAAAAUUAGCCUACUCCAACAUAGACAGAAGGUCAAAAAUGUUAACCGGGGUAUUGGUAUUUUUGGCAUCCUCCGCAUUGCGCUACAUUACGAAUAAAAUUAACUGAUAUUAAAUGGGAAAGCUAGGGUACUUGCCCCAACGGACAAUGACCUCGUCCAAUAUUGGCUUUAGCCAUUUCCAGUAGGCUACAGUUUGUAGAGGACACGCGCCGGAGCUAUGGAUAUAAGGGCUGUAAAUGCUCUUACGUAUGAAGAAUUUGUGGAACUAUUUGGUAAUGUGGUUGAGAAAUGCCCCAUCAUUUCUGCAGCAAUAUGGUCCAAUCGGCCUUUCAAAGAUCUAACAGACAUCGAGGCUCACAUAACGGAAUUCAUUGACAGCCUGUCAGACUCGGGUAAAGAGGGCAUUUUGCGGUGUCAUCCUGAUUUGGCGGGCCGAGAUCUCCAGAGCGGGACACUAACACGCGAGUCUCGAGAAGAGCAGGGUCAAGCCGGUAUGACCGCACUGGAUUCCGCAGAGAUUCUGCUCAUGCACCGUCUAAACUCGGAGUACAGGGAACGCUUUGGCUUUCCUUUCGUCAUAUGCGCCCGUCUCAACAACAAAGCGGAUAUUAUGCGCCGACUGUCUGAACGCCUGGAGAAUGAUUGUGCAGCGGAGCGGGAGCUCGCGAUCGAAGAGGUUAAAAAAAUCUGUAGCCUCAGGUUACACAAUAUUGUCCUAUCUGACAUUCAAACCAAACUGUAGCCUACCUCAAGUUAACUUUACAAAAGUUUGACUGCCUCUCUCUACUUGAUUGUAGCCUAGCUAUAGGCUAUUGUUUUAAUUUGUAUGUUAAUUUGUGUAAUAUAAAAAAAAUCCUCAAAAAAGCAGUGUAUAAAUAAAUUGAGUAAUAUAUUAUGGCGUUUAUAAGCCACGUUUUAGGGCCCUUAUCUCAAUAAGAUAAUAUAUUUGUGAUCUACCCUAAGCCUAUUUGUGCUUUGUAAAUCUAUAAUAAAAUAAAGUGAUGAUAAUGGCA